AUGCGGCCGGCAAUCACAUCCGCAAAACACAAAGAUCCCGACCACCUCUGCACCUGUGGCUUCUUCAUACACUCCCUGGGCAACCUCUUUUGCGUGACAAGUUUUGUAAGCUAGCCUUCCCACUUGACCCCCAAUCUGGACAUGUGUAGGUUCUAGGAGGUACUAUAUUUGGCAUCAGCCUGAUGGCAAUCCUCACGCACGGCGAGAUCUCCCGCACCUUUGAUGCCUCCAUCUACUACUACGGCGUUUAUAUCCUACUCUUUGCCAGUCUCUGCACUUCCUGUCUGGCAUUAUUUGGUCUCUGCGGAAUGUCGGCGGACAACAGAUUUCUGCUGAUAACGGUUGGUCCUUGUUGAGUCCUCGGACCUUACAAUCGUGUUUCUUGCUAGCUUCUUGUUGGAACUCUGAUGCUCGUUGUGCUGGUAAUCGUCGCAAUCGUCUUCGUCAUCUUCUUUCCCUAUCCCGUAAGUCUUUUUCUUUGGAAGCAGACUAUGAUUUUGUUAAUGGUAUGCCCCCAGAUGAACUCUGCCAUUGCUGCGCUGGAUCAAAGCAAAGGCCACACUGAACCACAGUGGGCACUUCUCUGUCUGCUUUGAGUCUUCUGUACAUGCUUUAGAAUAGGCCUGCACGGGUCUUCGGUCGUUGCGCCGAUUUCUUCACCGGUCGUUUGAAAGACCCGGAUGAACCACUGGUGUAUGAGAGAGCGAAGAGAGUGGGGCCAUUGAGGUACGAUGUUCGACAACUCGAUGGUUCCCGGAUCAGAAGGCAGGAAGGACAGUCGGAUGGACAAACGACAACCGAGGUUCAUGCGCCUGAGACUCUUCCAACUGCGGCCAAUCUCUGCAGGGAGAAGCAUCGGUCGAGGCCACGGUGGUGGUGGUGGUGGUGGUGGUGGUGGUGGUGGUGGUGGUGGUGGAAUUCAGGUAUGUUGUCUCUUCUCGUCACUGCGUUUGUUGUAAACUGGUUAGGAGCUGACAGUUUGUGCGGAUUUCUUCAUAUGAUGUCAAAUCGCCGAUUGAACGGAGUUUACUCGAUCCAUUUCGAGUAUAUUGUCAUCUAUAACACGUACACUGCGAGGGUUCUAGUAUGAGCCCCAAGGCGCAACGGAACGAGCAUGUUCCGUAACCUGAUCGGCGAGCACCCACUGUCAUAACUUUAUCAUGUCUUUGGAACGUCACAUCCGAAAUUUUCUAUUAUUUUGUAAAACUCAGUUGCAUACUGAACAAGCACUCCCCUGUUGUGGAUUAUCAGUGAGGGUCAAAAUUCGUCCUCAAACCUGAACUCGAGACUUACCCAAAUGCACACGAAGUAAGAUGACGGUGGGUCGUUAAACAUUAGCCUGCACAAUAUGGAUACCUCAUCAAGCCGUAAAAACCCAAGUUCAAUUUUAAAGUUUUCUAUCCUCAAAUAUAAGGCGUAAUAAACUGCAAUGACAACAAAAUCCUCACCAGUGGAUAACUGCUUUUCUUGUACUAGUACUGCCGACAAAUUCUUUUAAUAUAAUACUGGUGAAGAUCCUUCCUCUGUCAACCGACUUUUCAAUUUACAUGACCUUUUAGUCAGAGGAGGCGAUCAAGACGGUUAUGCUGCGCAGUCUAAACGAGAGCUACGGAUCUUCCGCCGUGAGCACCCUUGUCUGGGACUACAUGCAAAGCUAUCUGCAGUGCUGUGCUGUUGAGAACAGCGGUUGGAACGCGUACCUCAACUCCGAGUGGUUCCAGACUGCUAAUGACAUGCCUUAUUUAAAUGCACACACCAUAUCCGGUAAGACUCUUUCCUGAUACAUGAGUAUGGUUGAGUGUCCAUAAUUAAUGCAUGAGUUAUGAGCGGCUAUACUGUGUGUGUCCAUAUGGCUGGAAUGGGUGAUGUGACAAGUGAAUACGUGGGCCAGUGUGAUCGUAUUUGCCGGGUGCUAUUUUAAUGAUUGUUAUCGUCUACAUAACAGUCAAGAAGGACAUCUGAACUAUUGUGAUUGUCCGGCACGCGUAAUAAGAGAGAGAAGUGACGAUGAGGUCCACUCUGGGGGCUCCGUGCCUACGUCACUCCAACGCAUUCUUCAGCAUAAUAAAGUUGACGCGCUUUGGAAUCAUCACAACGAGCUAAACGCCGGGACUUAAGAGGAUGCCACCCGAAGAAAUAAAUCGAUCCUCUCAGGACAGACAGUCAGGCUACUUCUGAAUAUGACCUAUAUAGCAUCCCCCCCCCAGAUGGAAUCAGAGGCGUCCCCUUGGUUCUGUGAAAACCUGAUUCAUCGGGCGCAGGCCAGCUCGUGCGUGGUGCGCGUAGACAGACUGUCAAGCUUCGUCAGCCACUGCGCCCGAUGCCGUCUUUGGUCGUCGUCGUCGUCGUCGUCGUCGUCGUCGUCGUCGUCGUCGUCGUGACCUGGUCCGGCCACGGAGCUUGUGGUACUGACGCUGUGUGUGUGUAUCCUACCCCCAGACCAUGUCGUCUCCCCUCUGCCAUCAUAGCCUGACUGACUUUGUCCUAGCAGGUGAUUGCCAGGUCGUGACCCCUGUCGCACAUACGAAGCUCUUUUGCUUCGGAACGCCAACGGAUCAAUGUGCGCCCAUGCCUGAGUGAAUGUACAUGCAUACAUAUGGUAGAGGGGCGUUCACCAAUCGUUUUUGUGGAACUCACUCGUCCCGUUGUGCUUUAGGACUCUUCUUCUCAAGCCCAACCAACGGCCUCUCAGCGGCGCAUGGUAAAGGCCGAAUAAUAUUACCGACAAAGACAAGGAGGACCGCAAUGGCCAUUUCGGCUUAUUAGCCAUCGUCAGCCAGCGAUACCCAACCGGUAGGGCAACUAUCCCUUGGCUCAGUGGUUAGGGGCGUCGGACUUUUAACCAACGGGUCGCAAGAUCGCGUUCCAGCUGUUUUACACUCUGGGGGUUGGGUAUGACUGGCUAACGGCGGCUAAUGAGCCAGGAAACUUCUGGAGAAGUUUUAGUUCCGAAGGCGCCAAGAAUGGAGACUGGAUGAGAGCAAUUAUUGCUUUUUUAAAAAAACGCGACUGGCAACGUUCAAGCCUAGGUUUAGAGGUACUGACCAAUAAACGCAGACUUACAUGCGACUGUGGGUUUAACGAUCAGCUAGGCGUUUUCAACAGAACCAACGUGACACUGUUCUGGGCAGUUGAGUUCCAGGCCAGGAGUUGUUGUGUUACUGGUCUCCACCGCCAGUUCGACGGGCCGGCCAUGAGCAUUAGUUGACAGUAGGGAGAGAGCUUGUUUUUCGUAUACCAGACACGUGGAGUGAAGCCAAAAUAACUUGCAAACAGGCUACUUUUACUCGUUAUGCUAUAGAAGAUAAAAAUAGGUCGCGCCCUACCAAACAGUCCAGAGGUCUUCACACUCAUCCUUGCCAGGAUUCAGUUAUUUUGUUUAACUUGGACUUUUGUGUUCUCAGUUUUCCGUCUGAUAGUGGUAUACAUAAAUCAGACGGCAAAGCAGGCUCAGUGUUUGAAAAACAAGUGUCAGGUCCACCAAGGCCUUUUGGCGCAUGCAGACAACUACGGGAAACGUUGAAAUCGAAGUCCUCUUUUAAAAACUAAGGAUUGCACACCGUCACGCUUUCUUAUAGCAUAGCCCAGCUAUCGGCUGAUUUACAUUGUGGCUGGCUAUCUACGAACUAGCUUCCGUAGUGCGUUCUACUUGCAUUCUCGUCCGAUGCAUUAGCAUAGUAUAGCUUGCGUGACAACGCCGUGAAGUCGAUCUCACGUGCUGCAAAAACGUCCCAAGUGGUUCCAGACAUGAGGUUAUUAUGAUUUCUAGGCGAAAGUCGUGCGACAAGACAAUACUCGUGGCCGGAGCACUACGGCUAGCUGGCGUCUAUUUCCAUCACGCAGAGACGGCCAUCGGCGAUGGGCGUUUCCCUAAGCAUGCAACGUGCCGGCCAAUCAUAAGCCAUCGUUCUAUGGGCUGCCUUCUGAGCGUCCUGGGAAAGGUGAUGGUGGGAAUGCAUGGUGUGAGUGAGUCAACAGUUUAGGACGCGAAGACGGGGUUGUGGACUGUUCUGAAAACGAGCGGGACUUUUACUAUCUAAAGACUUCGCUGGUCGGUAUCAAAGUCGAGCUUGCGGCGGGUUGUCGGCUGGUCCUGGCCCAAUAAAUAGGAUGUAAUCGGCCUACAUACUUUGCGAAGGCUCCCACAGUGACAAAAGACCAAAUGCCCGGUCAACUGCCAAAUAUGCGUUGGCGUCGGGGAAUUUGCAUGGUCAGUUGAGUAUGAGUGCGCAAUUAGGCGCAUAAUCGCAUAUCGCAAAGAAAACGGUCUUAUCAACAAUGCGCAACCAAUUCGGCGGGCUCCAUCUGACCUGCGCGAUGCUACUGUAUGAAUAGUAUUCAUUUCCUUGUUUCUUUUCUCUUAAAUGAGUUAGCAACUGGAGGUAAAAGAGACUGAUAAACAAGUGACUGAACGUGUUGCGCAAAAAAUCUGACAUUUCGGCCGCCGCAAGUGACGAGGUUUAAUGCCGGCCCCACGGAUUAGGCGCAGCAUGGGGGGGGGGUUGUGAGCGGAUCUGUUUACAGGCAGGUAGGCAUGCACAGCAUAUAUCGUACUCUCUCAUCCCUCAUCCGUCUUGCUCGGAUGGUAGGAAAAUAGCACUGCGAUCAGGUGCGGAAGUGAGCAUUGUGGUUGACAUGGUUAAAUCAACAGCCUACACCUGGUCACGCAUCACCUGGUCCCCAUCUAGAUGUACCAGAUAACUGUAAGGGCCUCUCUGAUCUCACAUGAGUGAGAGUGCAAUAAGAGUCACACCGAGAAGGAGCCAUUGCAGCCUGACUCUCAGUCCUGAAAAUGACGGAGUUACCUCGACAAUAGGCAACCCCCCAAACCGCGACUCAUAUUGUACGUCGUGAUGGAUCCAAGCGUGUCAGAUUAUAGUGGCGAAAGCGAUGGCCUGACGCGGGAAUGGUGUCCCCAGUGUUGGCCUUCCUCCAUCUUUCCUUUCCCUUGCAUCAGCCGAUUGUCUGAGUCUGUUAGACAACUGGUGGCCGACAAGCUUGAACUGCCCGCCCGGGCGUACAACACACGGCCUGGUCCCCAAUUCGUGCGUCAAGCCACACCGGAGGACAUGCUUCCCACGUGAAUGUAGUCUGCAUGAUAUGACAUGCGAGGUUUCAUCCGGCAUGGCGGCGUUGGCGAAGUGGGUAGUAGUUUACUGAAGGAGCGACGCAUGGUGCGUUAUGGAGAGACGGUACGCACGUGAGUGUUGUAAAGCUAGAUCCGAGUGUAACGUGGGUCUGUGUAUUCCAGUAGGGCAAGGUGUUGCACUUACUAGACAUCAUCAUCAUGGAGACACAUGUGGCCGAAGAGACCCGUGCUUGCUCCCGAGGCAGCGCGGAUGGAUGAAGCGUGUGUGGUGGACGUAUGUUGGGCUGCUGGCACUGAUUCGCCGAUCUCAAGGCGAUAGGUGUGCAAGUGACCGACCAGGCCGAUGAGUGAUGUGAACGUACGAUCAUCACGGUUACAGGCUAUAGUUGACUCUACAUUGCUGGCGAUAGGGGCAAUGGUUGUGACGUUUUUCAAGAUGCGAGGUGUUUCGUCAUAGAUAAUGCUAGUGAUGGCAGUGUGCUUUGUUGAAUGAGAGGUUGGUCUCAUUGCACUAGUCCCAAGAUGUCCAACGAGGACAGUCCGCGUACGGAAUUUCCGUUGAUAAUAUAGACACGGCGGCUGAGAUUGGGCACUUCGCGACAAUUGGACCUCGCGACUCCAUCUCUUUAUCUUGGUCACGUCUUUCCGGUUGGCAGAUCCAGCCUUCAUGAUAGUGUGACAUGCCUGACCACUUAAAGUAAAGUCAUCACAGAUCCCAGAAUUAAUUUGUAGGUGUAGAUUUUGAGGUUGCCUUUGUAGCGACGCUUUUGCCCGCCUUGUCUGCACGCACCUAUUGCAACAGAGUUGUAGAAUAAACGCUUCGGCAGGCGCUCGUCAUCCAUCCUCAAGAUGCGGCCGCUCCAUCACAGUCGUCGCGGUCUUCCUCUAUGACCUGGAGACUGGGCUUACCAGUUCUUCCCAGGAUUUUGGUGUGGCGGGUUCUUUUCUGCCACUUCAUCAUUGGUAUUCUCCGAAGUGACAAUUAUUGGAUUCUCUUGCUUAGUCCUCGUAUACAGUUCAGGCUUCCGCCUUGUACAGGGGCAUUGCCAGAACCACAGCCCUGUGCAUCCUCAGUGUCAUAUUCAGGGGGCUACCGAGGCACAACGGGACGAGUGAGUUCUGUAGCGUGACCGGUGUGCGCCUCUCCAUCAUUGUGCUUUCCCGAUCGCAACCUACAGGACAACGAGCCCGUGGAUCAGUGGGUAGAGGCGUUGGACUUCUAACCAACAGGUCGCGGGAUCGAGGCCUAGGUGUUCCACACUUCGGGUCUGGGUGUGACUGCUGACGACGGCUAGUAAGCCAGAAAUGGCCAUUCCAGUCUCCCUUGAUUUCUUCGACAACGGUAUUCUGCCUAUUUUGCGGUGGAUUUGAACCGCGUUGUAUGCUUCAUAAACAGCACUACUAUACAUACUGAUGCGGUGCUGUAUGAAUUCAUAUUUCAGCUCAUAAAAAUCUCAUCAUUGAAAACUUUUUAUAACCGAGAGAUACCCUUCCUUCGGGUAUAAAAUUCGAAGAUGACAUAAUUCGUUACCAAAUUAGUACAAGACUGAAUAUUUUGAGCGUGUUUUAUGAAUUUAUUGGGACAUCUAAAGUCGCUGGAGAGAUACCAUACUACAUAAGUAGUCAAUUUUAACUAAGUGCACUUCAUGCGAGCGGACAGAAAGAUGCUAUUUCAAAGGCCGGUAUCCAGGAGCAAUUAAAAAAUUUAGGGAUUGCACUGCAAGAUAAUGGAUAUUACAACCCCUCCUACGUAAUCCCUUCUAACUAAAAAUACAUUUCAAUAUUUCGGUUAACAUUUUACGGGAUAGCCCACCGUAUAACAGAGUACAGUCAGUAGGGUCUGAAUGUCAUUUUGGCGUACCGGCAUUUUAGUACUCUCUGCAAGUUACACUUCCCUCAACAUAAUUGAAAUGUACUAGCAUAUUUCGACCGAACUCUGUCGAAAAGUCUACCUGUACAGUGUCAAUAGACUUAAUCCACGUUGUUGUGUUCUCCUUCUUGGAAUGUCGAUAAAAUUAUUCUAUUGUUUGUAGAAUCGAAUCCUGCAUUCGUUAUGGUUCCAGAGACCUGCUGCUAUCGAAAAUUAGACUACCUGACUCGCCAGCUGACGAAUGAGUACCAAGACGUCUACCAGUGCCAGUUUUGGCAGUACGGUCCACCCAAAUUCACAGACGGACCGCAUAAUGAUGCCAUCUACUACAGGGUAUGCAGUCAAUGAAUGUCUGUGUGGAAAUGCAUGUUAUUUUGGCGUCCGCUUGGCCGUGAGAACCCUUUGGAACAAAUUAUUUUACUAUAUCGUGCUCUUUUACUAACGACGGCACAGUAAACACUUGUUAUAACUGUUUUAUAGGGUUGCUUUCCUACUCUCCGAGCUUACAUUCGCCGCUUCAGUGUACUGAUAACCAUCUUUGGGACGGGUCUCCUUGUUUCGCUGGUAACGCCCAUCUUUGUCAUUAAACGAUGUUAUUUUGUAGAUCGCCACAGUCAUCAUGGCAGCCUCCUCUCUAUGCGUUUGUUGCUGA